GGGAGGGAUGAUGGACAGGCACUCAGGGCAUCUCCCUUUGUGCUUUGCUGGCUCGUUGAAAACCCUGGUGCACUAGUGGGCAGUCCCAGGACGGUAGCGUCCAUACCUUGUCUCCCUUGUCUAGAGGUGACUGUUCUCUGCUUUUCCUCCAGGUUGGCUGGCUCCUCUGGCUGAUGGCAUGUUGAGGCACAUGGGCCAGCGGCAGCGAGGGCAUCUGAUCCCGAGGGGGCCGCUCUAGAGGCCAGGCCACCAGCACCAUGGGCCAGUGCGUCACCAAGUGCAAGAAUCCCUCAUCAACCCUGGGCAGUAAGAAUGGAGACCGUGACUCCAGCAACAAGUCACACAGCAGGCGUGGCGCAGGCCACCGCGAGGAACAGGCGCCAGCCUGCAGCAAGCCAGGUGGGGAUAUCCUCGUCAAUGGGACCAAGAAGGCGGAGGCUGCCACUGAGGCCUGCCAGCUGCCAACGUCGUCAGGAGAUGCUGGGAGGGAGCCCAAGUCCAAUGCCGAGGAGUCAUCCUUGCAGAGGUUGGAAGAACUAUUCAGGCGCUACAAGGAUGAGCGGGAGGAUGCAAUUUUGGAGGAAGGCAUGGAGCGCUUUUGCAAUGACCUGUGUGUCGACCCCACGGAAUUUCGAGUGCUGCUCUUGGCUUGGAAGUUCCAGGCUGCUACCAUGUGCAAGUUCACCAGGAAGGAGUUUUUUGAUGGCUGCAAAGCAAUAAGUGCAGACAGCAUUGAUGGGAUCUGUGCACGGUUCCCCAGCCUCUUAAUAGAAGCCAAACAAGAGGACAAAUUCAAGGAUCUCUACCGGUUUACAUUUCAGUUUGGCCUGGAUUCUGAAGAAGGGCAGCGGUCGCUGCAUCGGGAAAUAGCCAUUGCCCUGUGGAAACUAGUCUUUACCCAGAACAAUCCUCCCGUAUUGGACCAGUGGCUACACUUCCUAACAGAGAACCCCUCGGGGAUCAAGGGCAUCUCCCGGGAUACUUGGAACAUGUUUCUUAACUUCACUCAGGUGAUUGGCCCUGACCUCAGCAACUACAGUGAAGACGAGGCCUGGCCAAGUCUCUUUGAUACCUUUGUGGAGUGGGAAAUGGAGCGAAGGAAAAGAGAAGGGGAAGGAAGAGGUGCGUUCAGCUCAGGGCCCGAGGGCUUGUGUCCUGAGGAGCAGACUUAGAGGUUCCCAGCCAGGAGCAGCAGCAAGGAUCUGCCAGCUGCCCUGCAGCCACCCAAGGAAUUGGACCUUUCUGGAAAUUACAGAAGAUCCAGAUAUUUUCUACUUUACACCUUUCUCUGCCUUGUAUCUGAAAGGGCUCUAAAAUGCUGUAUCAUGUUUUAGGCACUUUCUUCAUUUUUUGGUUAUUUUGGUUAUUUCUUUCAUUGGGGGUCCCCCAAAAUAUUUGAACCUGGCUACAUGUUGUGUAUCUUUCUUUGAAGCCUUCAGAUAGAUAAGCCUGCCAUUUCUUGCACAAAUUAGAUUUUUUUUUUUUGCGGGGGGUGGGUGGGGUAGGGUGUAGAACAGGGUGGGGGGCUGGGACGGUUAGGUUGAAUUAACAUUACAAAAUGAUACAGUGCCAGAUCUCAGUUUUGCAUAUUCUGUUUUUCAGGGCAGGUCUGUACUGUGUGUAGUGCUGUUUACAUGGUUGAAUUUAGGUUGUAAUAAUUAUUUUUAAAGAUUUACGCAGAGUUGAAUAGCAGUGUUAACUGUUAACCACAUUGCAUUAAUUCCCAGGCAAUUUAAAGCUCUUGGAGAGCCAAGGCCAGCUGAGAGCGUUUGUAGUCUGGUGACAACCCCCUUUUAAGCUAAUUUAUCCGAAACCCCUAUUUCCCUCACUUCUUGCUCAUUCCUUCUUUGACCUGUUGCAUUUCAUGUUGCGUUUACCAUCAGAAUGCUGCCCCUGCCAGCCAAGUGAGCAGUUACUUGUUUAAACACAUUGUACUGAGAACCACUUAAGCAUUGAAUGCAGAGAAAGCAGCGCUACCUCAGUUUUGCCGGAAGUAGAAUUCUUUUGAUAGUUUUCUUUCUUUGAUGAAGUUUCUGUAUUUUCAUGUUGUAAGUGGAAAUACUUUUUUUUUUUUUCUUCCAUUUGCCUUGGAGCCAAAGUUUCUGUUCCUGGUGGUCGGAAAACUGUGCCUGCCGGCCAGCUGACUUAAAGGAAAACUGUGGUAUGGAGCUCUGCUUGAAUUUUUUUUUUUGAAAAAAGUUUUUUCUUUUGAAUAUCAUCAGCUUACUUGUCUGGCAAGUGCAGAAGCCUGGGGCUGGCCUGAGCUCUGCCAAACAAAUAGAGAAGUGUAUUUAAUAGUUAAACGUGUGCCCUUUCCCUUCUUGCUGCACCGAUGUUGUCACUGAAGCCCCAAGAGUUAUUUAUUACCUUUUUUGUUAAUGUCAGGCUCAUUUGGGGUAAUGUGAUGACUGUUUAGGUUUACAUGACCCUCCUCCCCUUCCCCCGCCCCCAAAUAUGUAUAUAUACAUAUAUAAAAUAUGUAUAUAUUUUACAUAUAUAAAAUAUAUAUAUACACAUAUAUGUAUCUAUAUUCCAUUGUUUCUUUGCCUGCUAAAACUGGCCAUAAAAGAUGGAGCUGCCUUCAAUAUAUAAAGUAUAAGAAGAGCACCAGGGAAUGCCAGAAUGAAGGAGGCUUUUGAAUCUGAAUUUGGACCAUUUUCACUAAAGAGAAGGUGAAUUUUCUCAGCCCUUGCCUCUCAAGAGGGAGGGCCCAGUACCCCAGACUCCUUCAAGCAUUCGCCCCAUAAGGCCAGCUUUGGCCAAACUGCCACACAGGGGCCUGAGGAGCUGACUCUAGUCCUACCUGGUUUCAGUAGAGGGUCCUCUUGUUAUUUUUCCAUUAAAAAAAAAAAAAAAAGUCCUCAAAAAACUGUACUGGGUGGCAGGAACUUGUACAGUUCAGCUUCCGACACUUGGGAACAGAUUGAAAAGGGAAUCUUUUAAAUAAAAUCUUAUAAAAAUA